AUGGACUACCAGCUCUUCUUUGUGCGGCCGCCUGGGCGGCCGGCGAAGAACAGCACAAAGCUGCUUCGCAUUCUUGAGUAUGGCAUCUCUCUGAGUAUUUUGGGGCAGGGGGCGAACCCGGUGGGACUGGAGAUUGCUUACGAGAAGAUCACGAAUAUUGUUGUGUCCCGAGAGGACAAGUACGAGUUCUCCUUCGACGUGGAUGACGUAGGCGGGCGGGGGCGCCAAACAUUUCAGUUCGCCUGUGAUGCGCGGUCCGCUCUGCUGACGGCGCUGUUCAACAAGCUCGAUGAUUUGAACGGGAUAGGCACCGACUUCCAUUUGAAGAAGCACAGCAAUCAGCAGGGCGAUUUCGUGGACACGGUGCUGCGCGUGCGGUGUACUUCAAUUGCAAAGAUGGUCAACGUGGGGAAGAUGCAGGAGCGCCUCAAGGUGAACCCGCUGAAGACGAUCAACCUGGCGGACAUUGAGCGCAUCCAGGUGUUGUAUGACGAUGGGCGCGCCGUGCUGCUGCACCUCAAAUCGCGCGUGGUCCAGCUGCUGUUGCGCGACGCCGCGCCCUUCGUGCAGGCCAUCCAGAAGAACCUCAAGAGUUACCUGGACAAGUCACUGGACGUGGAGAAGAUCACGGCAGCAGCCAUGGACGACGCCAUUGCCGCCCGCCACAAGGAGCUUAAGCAACGGCCUGUGCUGUACGAGUUCGGGGUGAUGAAACUGUCGGAGGGGAACGCAAGCCUGGCCCGGCCGCGCAGCCUGCUGCUGACUGUAGAUUACCUCGUGGAGCAAGACGGGGAGGACAUCAUUGGGGCGCACAGCCUGGUCGACAUUUUGGGCGUCGUGAUGGUCCCCGCCAACGAGCGCGAGAUCGUGAUUGAGUACAAGAACUGGCGCCCGACGCACUACUAUCUCGAGCAGCGAGAUGCGUUUCUGGCGAGCGUGGCGGAGAGCAUCAGCAUUAUCAAGGGCUCGCACUUCAGCUUCCGAAUGGAGCCCCUCUUCGGGCACUGCCUGCCGGACCGGCCCCUGCUUAUGUCGCUGUACGAGUACGAGGCGUCUUUGCUGAGUCAGCUGGUGGCCAUUCACACUGCGGGGCGCAACCCUGCCGCGUGGCAGCCGGUGGUGAAGCAGUACAUCUGCAACGUGCCCGCAGGGGAGGUGCAGUGCAUGGACCCAAAGAUGCUCGGCAUUGUCUGCGACUUCCUCAAGGACGUCAUUUCCAAGACCGACAUCGCGGCUCUCUACAUCGUCCCCUGCUGCGUCAUGAUCCAGCGCCUGCUCUCCUCCCGCAAGUGCUUCGAGGGCGUCAAAGACGUGCCCGGCCUCAGCGCCGUUCUCUUCAAAUGCAUCCGCAGUGAGAACCCCAUGAUCACCUACGUCGCCUCGCAAGCGAUCCGCGCCGCGGCGAAGUAUGCGUCGCCAAACCCGGGGCCUAUGGACAGCGCGUGGCAAGCGAAGGAGAACCUGAACAAGCUGUCCGUGCUGACCCCCGAGAGCCUGCAGCAGCUGGUGGCGAUGCUGCACACGCACGCAUUUCUGGGCCAGAACGCCCUGCAGGUCAUGGCCUACCUGGAGAUCCUGGUGCUCGCACUCACGUCGCACACGGCGCAGGACAACGAGAAGGAGGUCGCCUGGUUCAGGUCGCUGGAGAGCGCGCUGAUGGGCGCCGCGGACGUGCUGUCGGCCAUUUGCCGCACGCGCAGCACGGUGGUGUUCCGGUGCAACACGGUCCUCAUGCGCAGCCUGCUCAUCAAGGCCUCGCCGCCCGUUACCAGCCACAUCCAGAAAGUGGCCCUCGCACGGUGCGUGGUGCUGCUGCACCUGAAGGUCGCGCUGUUCCACAAGAACGAGAUGAUGCGCCUGCUGAGCGGCAACCUGGUGUUCCUGCUCAUGGAGGGCAGCACCGACACGCGCAAGAUGAUCGAGGCCGUCCUGCCCAAGGGCGUCUUCUACUGCCACGCCGCCAAGGUCCUCGCCAAUGCAAAGUCGGGCCUGGACAUGCGCACGGUGCAGCUGACGGCGUGGCUGGAGAUCCUGGAGGUGCUGAGGAAGGAGGAAGUCGCGCUGCCGACGCUCGUGUGGAACGACCUGAAACGGAAGGAGCUGCAACUGUUUCUGGCGGGCCAGGUUGAGGCGUUCGACGCUGCAGCGGGCAACGACCAGAGUGUGAUUUACAACAUUGGGGAGGUGUAUCUGCCGUACAGCGACGCGUCGGAGAACCAUGGCACCAUCAUCGAGGGCAUCCACCUGGAGCUGCUCGUCGAUCUGCCGGAGCACCCCAACGCGGGCCUGCUGGGGGAUCCCUGGAAGCUGCGCGACGCGGUCACCUUCUUCUCGUCGCUGUUCCAAACCAUCAUCCUGGGCUUCACCCCCCUGGCGCCGCUCCAGGGGCCCACUCGCAGCGUCACGGAGAUCGACCUGCGGUUGGGGAUGCAUGCGCUGGCAUGGGUGUUCAAACGGCACCAUAAGGACCUGGGGCAUGCGGUCCAGGGCCUUAACGUGAUUGAGAUCGUGGUGCUGAUGCUGCAAGUGGCGGCCACGCACGACCAGCAGUCGCUCAAGUACCAGCUGCUGCUCUUCCUGCUUACGGCCAUGGAGCUGGGCGGGCGCGAGAAUGUGCUCCAGGUCGUGCGCGCGGGGGGCCCCUCUGUGCUCGCGCCCAUGAUGGCGCACUGCCUCCACAACAUGUGCACCGACAAGACGCUCCUGGAGUGCGACGCCUACACCGGCCGCUCGAAGCUUGAUGCACCGCCUGUGAGCGACGGCGCCGACCUCACGGAGGACGGCCGCAUCGUGCCACGUGGCAGCACGCCGACAAAAGGCUCAUCCGACGGCGGACGCGACCCCAAGGACGUGUCCUGGCGGGACGACACCGUCCCGGAGUCGGUCUGCCUCGGCACGUGCCUCGACCUGGCCGAGGCCAUGAUCAGGCUGUCCGGCAACCGUGCUGAUCAGUUCCCUCCCCCUGCCGCUAUCGUAUCCCUUUCCCAAGAACCCUGUGCGUCUCUUCUCGUCUCCCUCCUCCUUCGCGCCAAGACCCCAGUGUUCGGACGCAUCUUGGACGUCCUAACCCUUGUGGUUACCGCUGACCGGCGUGCUCUAACCCAGCUCCACCGGUCGGGCGUGUUCGAGAUUCUGCUCUGGAAGACGCUUGCGGGUGACGUCACCGAUUACGACCGCCAGUCGAUCGCGCGGUUCCUCGCGCUGACGCACCUCGCGCAGAGCCCCGACGCUUUGAAACACGUUACGGGGUCCGAUCGGAAGACGUCGUUGAGCACGUUACCGUGGCAAGACUCGAUCCUGCGACUCUACCUACCGUCGGGCUUGAUUGGGUUGCUGAUAAAAGAAGGCCCCGAGCCGUUUGCGGCAGCGCUGCAUCAGACGCUCGAUACCCCGGAAGUCGUCUGGCAACCCAGCAUGAAAGAGCGGCUAACCGCGCACUUAACCGAGAUCCUAACCCCGUAUGCGGGCCAGCGGGCCGAAAACCCGUUGCUUCCCUUCCGGAGCACGCGCGGGCGUGCGCCGCUCGAGCACCACGAGCUCGAGAACAAGGUGUACUGCGCCCCCUUAUAUCUUCAUAACCUGCUGGACUUCGCCAAGGGGGCGACUUAUGAGAUCCUGGAUGCGACGCCGUUUGCGAACAGCAUCAUGGAGGAGCUGCGGCUGGUGCCCAAGAAUACGGACGGCCAGGAGGGCCCCACGUGGCGCGACCAGGUGCCGCGCGUGCUGCUGCUGCUCAAGGCCCUGGAGCACGUACUGCAGCGGUACCCCCAAGUGAUCCUCCCCCACGACACGGAAGCGAUCGUGAUUGGCGCAGCCAAGCCUGCCGUGCGCAUCUGCAACGUGGAGAAAGCGGACGCGCCAGCCUCGGUGCUGGAGGUUCUCCACCGGGCGCUCUGGAUCUUGCGCAGGGUUUCUGCUACCAAUGACAGGGACCUAAUGGAGGUCUCCUCGGCUGCUCUCAACUUCGCCAUUACGGUGCUGGCAAUCGGACCGCGGACUGUCACGGACGACGAACUGCCACGUCCGACGGGCAACAUCAUGUUCGAAACUGCGCUAGCGAGCGCGUUCGGCAUCGCGGAGCUGGCAGCUUCUUCCAGGGAGGGCCGUCGGUUACUGGGCGACGAUCAGCGGUGGCGCAAGGGGUACUGGUGGGCCCUGUGCUGCACAGUGGGCGACGGUGCGGAGGUCGAGCGCAGCCCCGUGCACUCCAUCGCGCUAGACUGUCUCAACCACUUCGCAGGGGACGAGGCCUCCUGCGAGUUUACGCUGUCGCAGGCGUGGUACCUCCCCCUGCUCCUUCUCACCGUCCCCUCCGGCACCACCUCCCCCGAGACCGCGGCCGCCGUGCUCCCGUCCGCGUCAACCCUCAUCCUAAGCUCCGCGGCGGCCGUUCUGCGCACCCUUCACCGCACGCUCAAAAACGCGGGGGGCCCGAUGCCGAACACGCGGCAGCUGGUCGCGCGGGGACUGCUCGGGAACAUCCUCCCCGAGCCGCUGCUGCAGGCGCUGGAGGACCCGGAGCAUGGCCCCGAGCGGUUUGCGGCCAUGGCGGUCACAAACAUCGAGCGGCCGGGGGCUAUGUGGACGGCCCCGGUUCGGGCGGAGCUGAGAAGGCGGGUCGUGGAGCGGUUGAAAGACCACAACACCGCCAUCUUUACAGGAGUUCCAUUGAAGGUCGACGAGCUCGACUGGAUGACGAGCUUCAAGUACGAGUGCCUUAAGAACCAGAUCACGAUUCGGGGGGUGUACAUUAAGGGCUACGCGACGGGGGGGUGGGAGGAUUACGAUCUCCCAGAAGGUGCCGGCUUCUGCGUUGCCAUCCAAGACUGGCUCGAGGCGCGCAGCCAGUCCGUGCUCGCAGGGGAAGUUAAACAGUCGAACGGCAGCUCUCUCGAGAGUGACCUGGACAACUAUCUGAUCGUGAUGAAGGCGCUGAAGGAGUGCGUUUGGCACGCAAUCAACAACGAGAACGAGGAGCUGCUGCAAACCAUCAGGUACCCUUUCCUGACGAGCCUCAGCCGGAGCAGUCACCCACCGGUCUUGGUUGAGUUAGCCGGCAUCAGCGAGGCCCUAACCCGAAAUCCGCUCUCGUGUGACGCCCUGCUGUCGUCACCCCUGUUCCCCGUCCUGUGCAAGCUGCUCUGGGCGGUCGCGAGCGCGGGGGCUGAUGCGGUAUUGCUCGCACUGCUCCACGCCUUUACUUCCCUCAGCGAAAACAUCCCCCCCGGAUACGAGGCCAACACGACUUUCACCAGCAACGCCCUGUUAUUGGUCCACCUGUCCGUCUUCUGCAAAGUCGCUCUUCCCCCACUCGAACCUGAGACCCCGUCACCGUCCGCAAACGGCUCAGACAAACCGGGAAAGCCGUCGGACGUCCGGCUCGCCGCCGCGGCGACACUUGGCGCGCUCGUAUUGGACGCUGUCGCUAAGGACAACCGGCGCGACAGCAUCGCGAGCGGGUCGCAGAGAGAUUCCGGCGACAGUUCGCGACGGUCGUCCAGCGGAAAGGCGCUGACGGAACAGAACGGCUCGUUCAUGUCGAUGUCGAAGAAGGGCGAAGACUCACGCGCGGACAGCCCUGUGAGAGAGUCGUUUGGCGAGAGGCAAGGAUCGUUUGGCGAUCGGAGGGAGUCCUUGGGUCAGCGGGAAUCGUUUGGCGAUCGGAGGGAGUCGUUUGGCCGACGGGAAUCGUUCGGGCGGCGGGACUCGCUGAGGAGGGAAUCUCUGACUAGGCGAGAGUCGAUGGGCUCGCGGCGAGGGUCGUACGCGAACGGGAUUGAUGCGGCUGCGGAGGAGUCAAUCGCGGAAGAGGAGCUGGAUCUGCACGAUUUGAUGGCCCUCUUGGAACCAAAGCAUCACGAGGGCCGGGAGGACCCCGCCCUGCUGAAAACGCUCGCAAUCGUGCUCCCCGCCGCGAUCCUGAAGCUGCUCGCACGAGAUCCCGAGGCCGCGUGCCGCGCGUUUGACGAGGACGCGAGCGCGGUGACCCUAGUGUGGAACAAGAAGACGCGGGAGAUGGUGACGUCAGUGCUCAAGGACGAGGCGGACAAGGUGCAGACGAUUGUGGAGGAGCGCGCCGGAAAGAUGCCCACCUGGUCUCUCGCUCGGGAGCGUCCCCUCUUCCUGCGCUGGUGCCUCGCCAUCGUGCAGCCCGAAACGAUCGAGGUCCGAAAGCCCGUUUUUGCGGACGCCCGCGCGCCGGGCUACGUCCGGGAGAUGUACCUGGGCGGGUUCUACCUGGACCAGUUGUUACGUGACCCAGAACACGGGGUUGAGAAAGCGGUGGAAGAGCAGUUCGUGCGGGAGCUGCGCAAGUAUACGGCGCUUGCGGCCCCGACGGACGGCUCGGGCGAAGGGGUCUUCGAAUUCGACGAUAAAAGGCGGCUCCUGCUGGGCCUGCUUCUCUUUUUCACCAAGCGGCCACAAUCGGUCUCGUCGCAGUCCACGCUCGACAUCUUCCUCGCUGUUUACGACUUCAUCAGUGGAGGAACCGGGGAAGAUCACCGAGGCCUGUCCCAAGCAGCCAUGCUGCUCUUCCACUGUAUAGCCAGCAACCCAGAGAUGGCGGACUUCAUGGCCACGGAGGAGCUGAUUUACACCCUCAGCUCGUUCCUCCAGCUCAACGUGUCGUCCCUAAACUCCGGGAACGCGGGGACCGACCCGCGACUGUGUUGCCUCAUCCUGCUGCAGCGGCUGAUGAGGAUCAGCUCCAAGGCCGUGGAGCUGGCUGUGAACCUGGGCGUCAUUUCGCGCCUCUCGGACAUGAUCGUGGAUGCGGACAUCGCGCCCAUCAUCCGGACCCGGGCGUCCGAAGUGCUGGCGCUGCUUUGUGCCGACAAGAAGAGGGGACCCGAGAUCGCGUCGCUGCUGGAGCGGCUGGUGCCGCAGAACUGCAAGUCGUUCGGGUGCUGGAAGCUGCCGGUGACGUCGAUCAACGACACGUUCGACUACACCACGACGCUCAAGCACUUUCUGCAAGUGCGCUUCCCGGCCACCUGGUGGACGUCCGAUUCCGCGGACGGCACCUCGGACGGCGAGGACGAGCGGGCCGGCGCUGCGUUCGUCGAGGCCACGGUGGCGUUCCCGCGCGCGAAGCUGUCGGAGUUCAGCGACGAGGCGGAGGGCGUGUUCCGCAGGAGCGUUGCCGCGUCCGCGCGCGUCGACACGCGCUGCGUCAACAUACUGCGCAAGCGGGCUGGUAGCGUGCUCGUAGACUUCCAGGUGGCAUUCAUUGCCGGGCGUGCCGAGUUCUCGCGCGGUCCCGACAAGAAGCGCGAGCCGGAUGUCGAGGCGCGCGCGUUCAAGCAGAAGCUGGAGACUAAUCCGGGCGCGCUCUUCGCCACUUCCUUCUUCGAGCCCAUGGGCAACCCAAAGGUGACGUCAGUCGCCCUCCGCCAGGAGGGUGACGCGCCGUCUCCAAAACUGCUCCGCCGCAUGAGCCGCUCCUCCUCGGGGGCUUUAUCCGACGGCUCCGACGGUCCCGCGGGCGAACGGACGGUUCAGAUCGUGUACGUGAACGGCCCCCCCGGGGGAUCCCCCCAGAAAGGGGGCGAGAACGUGAUUUACGUGCAAGGGGCCCCUCAGGGGGGGGCCGCGUCGCCCCAGAUCGUGUACCAAAUGCCCCCCCCCGGGGUGGGUAACGGGCAGAUGAUGUACCCGGGGUACAUGCCCGGUGCACCCGGACAGCCUCCCAUGGUCAUGCCCCCCCCCCAGUAUCCCCAGAUGCCGUACCCUGUCUCGGCCCCCCCGGCCGCAGCGAGCGCGCCGGCACUGGCGCCGCCCCUACCCCCCCCUGCGGCUCCCAACGGUGGGUAUCCAACCCAGUCGCUGUGCUUCGCGCCGCCCCUCCUCCUCCUCCCCCCCCUCCCCGCUCGGGUUCGGGGCCGCCCCCUCCCCCCCCGCCUCCUCGGGCUGGCGGCCCUCCACCGCCGCCCCCCCCUCCUGGUGGGAGGGGGUCCUCCACCGCCGCCUCCCCCUCCGGGGGGGAGAGUAGGUGGCGGCCCUCCACCUCCUCCUCCCCCCCCUGGCGGAAAGCUUGGCGGCCCGCCUCGACCUCCCCCCCCUCCCGGCCCUCCUAGACCGGGGGGCCCUCCCCCGCCCCCGGCCCCCGGGGGAGUGAGGCCGGCUUUGCGGCCCGCCCCCCCCCCUGCUUCAGGCGGUGCGGCUCCCCCAGUUCCUGCCGCCCCUGCCGUCCCCGCCGGCAAGAUGGUCAAGUCCGAAGAGGGCAAGAUGGUGCCACUCAUCAAGGGCCUGGAGCUGGUGCUCGACGGCGCUGACAUCAGCACGGCCAACCGGACCGCCGCCAAGACCAACUUCAUGGAGGCCUUUGAGGACGACGACGACGAGCUGGGGCGCAUGGUGGAGAAGUACCCGAAGCUGAUCCAGAAGUACGCACUGCAGCCGCAGCUCUGCUACGACCUCAUGCUCGUGUGGGAGGAGAACUGCCUCGACCUCAUGCAGCCGGACGAGCUGGCCAAGCACGCGAGAUCGAUUUCCGCGUUCGACAUCUGCCGGCUGGAUGACGUGGAGAAAGCGGAGGAGGAGGCCAAGAAGAAGUUUGCGGCGAUCCUCAAGAUCCGGAAGGAGAAAGAGUGGAAGGAGAAGAGCAAACAGCUGAAGGGCGACAUGAGUGCCGAGCUGGCAAGGGCGGUUGGCGGCCGGAAGGAGAAGCAGGAGACUGAGUCAGCAAAGGACGAGAUCAAGGCCAUGACCAAGGGGAAGAUUCAGCGGAAAAAGAAGGGCGACCAAGCAUGAUCUGGGCGGUGCCAAAUGUGCAGUAAAAUAUGAGAGCAAAGCUGCUUGGAACAUCGUGCUGCUGAGUAACUUAUACAACUGGCGCCAGCAGACCGCCCCCUUCACUACAUGUUGCCCGUUCGCAUAGACCUUGAGUGAGUGAAACUUCCCAUAGACUCGUGUACAAUCCCCGAAAAAAAUAGGAACAAUGUGUUGAUCUCCUAGUAUCAAUUUACAGAAGUUAAGAAUUCCGGUUUUGCAUGUCGUGUGCAGGACACACAUGCACAAGCUUCUGG